AUAUUUCUCUUUUUUUUUGUUUUUUUGUUUUUUUUUUUUUCUGGGGAGCUAAGCUAAAAUACAUAUACAGAGAGAAAUCGCCGAUAUAAUAAAAUCCAAACUUUUGGUUUCGUCUUCAACCCCGAAAUUAAAGGAAACCUCUUUUCUCUUUUUUUUAGCACCGGUGAAAUCUCUCUCUCUCAUCUCUCAUCUCUCUCUCUCUCUCACUAGUGUUGUUAUACAAUACAGCUUUGGGGGCUCCUCUCUCUCUCUCUCUCUCUCUUCUACAGGUUUCCACCUCCGCCUUGUUUUUGAUUCUGUUUUCUGGGUUUGCUUCGGAUUGACGAAACCCUAGUUUGAUUUUUUUGUUUAUCAGAAGAAGAAGAAGCCUUCCAUUGAUUUUGGUUUCCUCCCCCUCAGCUGCUGCUGCUGCGCUCUUGAUUUUUUUUUUUCGAAGCCUUAUCUCUUUUUGGGUUUCCUACGGACGACGGGAAGAGGGGGGAAUCUGGAGUUAAAGGGAGGGGUUACUCAUAUGCGAUUCUUCUGGAUAACUUGAUGCCGCAGGAUCACGCAUCGUGGGAUCGGAAAGAGCUCUUGAGGCAGAGGAAACACGAUAGGCCUGAACCUUCUUCUUUUGAUUCGCCUUUUAGAUGGAGGGAUUCUCCUUCUUCUACUCCUUCUUCUCACCAUGUUCCCCGCGAGUUUUCUCGCUGGGGAUCUGGUGGUGACUUCCGCCGGCCUUCUUCUUCUUCUUCUUCUUGUCAUGGUAAGCAGGGUGGACGGCACCAGUUUGCGGAGGAGAGUAGUCAUGGAUACACAUCUUCUCGGUCCAGUGCCCGUAUUUUUGACAAUGAUUACUAUAGGCCAUCUGCAUCACGUGGAGACUGGAGAUAUACCCGGAAUUGCAGGGAUGAUAGAGUUUCUGUAAGCCAGAAGGAAUGGAAAUGCAAUACAUGGGAGAUGAGCAACGGAUCUUCUAGAAGUUUUGAGAGGCCAUUUGGUAUUAGAAAUGGUCGGAGGUCAGUUGAUGAAAGGCCGCUACACGCUUCUGAUACUCAUACUACUGCCGUGAACUCUUUCGAUCCAACCAACUCUGCUCAUCAGCCGGACACUGAGGUCUAUACCCCAGUACGGUCACUUAAGUUCAAAAGUGAGCAGAAAUUUUCAGAUCAAAGGCUAUCACUUCCUUCAGAUCCUCAUUCUGACUGUGUUAGCUUGUUUGAACGGCCUUCUUCCGAGAACAAUUAUGGCAGUAAGGUUUCUUCUCCAGCAAAGCAAUGCAAUGAUUUGAUGUAUGGUCGAAGGAUAGCUAAUGAUAAUUCAUUAGAUCCCCCAAUCCUCAAUGCAGAGCUGGAGGGGACUUGGGAACAGCCUCACAUGAAAGACCCGCAAGAAGAUAAUAGGUUACAUGGUAUCAGUGAUUUAGACGGUCAAUCUUCUUCAGGAGAUGCUACUGCCUGUGCCACAACUACUCAUCUUUCUGAGGAGAUGAGUUCUAGAAAGAAACAACGUCUCGGGUGGGGUGAGGGCCUUGCAAAAUAUGAGAAAAAGAGAGUUGAUGUUAACACAAAUGAAGAUGGAACAACAUUGUUGGAGAACGGUUCAGAGGAACUGCAUUCUUUGAACAAAAGUAUUGCUGAUAAAAGUCCUACCGCAGCCACUGUUCCAGAUUAUGGUUCCCCUACAACUCCAUCCUCUGUAGCUUGCAGUUCAUCACCAGGGUUUGCAGAUAAAUCAUCUGCGAAGGCGGCUAUAGCUGGUUGUGAUGUCAGUGACAUGUGCCGUUCACCUAGUCCCGUGUCUAGUUUUCACCUUGAACAAUUUCCAAUCAAUAUAGAGGAGCUCGAUAACAUCUUAAUGGAACGUUUUGGCUGUUUGCUCAAUGAGUUGCUUUGCACUGAUGAUCCUGGUACAGGGGAUUCCAGUUCUGUCCAAUUGACAUCAAUGAACAGAUUACUUUCCUGGAAAAGUGAAAUUUUGAAAGCUGUGGAGAUGACUGAAUCGGAAAUUGAUCUCCUUGAAAACAAACAUAGGGCACUAAAGCUUGAAGGUGAAAGACACUGCCAUGUUGUUGGACCCAGUUCACACUUUUGUGAGGGAGAUGCAAAUGUGCCCAAGGAGAAGGAAGCUUCUUGUAUUUUAGGUCCUAAGGUAGCAGCUCCCUGUGUUGCUGAAACACUGGUGAGAUCUCCUGUUCAUCAGUCCGGUUUAGCCAAGGUUCCUGUGGAUGUUUUUGAAGAUAAUCCUGGAGAAGUUAAAUCCCUAUCCCAAUCUUUUGCCACUGUCGAAAGCAAUGAAGAUUUACUGCCCAUGACGUCUAUGAAGGCAGCUGCUUCUUCCAAAGAGAUUAACACACCUGCUUUUGUCAGUCAGGAAACUAUUGAGCUCUCUGCUGCUGCUGAUAGCAUGGCCUCCAAUGAGGACUUACUCUGUGCUACGUUGUAUUCUUCCAAUAAGAAAUAUGCCUGUGAAUCUUCUGGAGUAUUCAAUGAAUUGCUUCCAAGAAAUUUCUGUUCGUUUGAUGACUCAAGAUUCCCUAGCAUAUGUCAUACGCAGUUUGAUUCUCAUGUCAAAGAAAAAAUUGCAGAUAGGGUAGAGCUUUUGCGAGCUCGGGAGAAAAUUUUGCUCCUUCAGUUUAAAGCGUUUCAGCUCUCAUGGAAGAAAGAUUUGCAUCAGCUAGCGUCAACAAAGUACCAAUCAAAGUCUAGCAAAAAAACAGAACUAUAUCCGAAUGCAAAAAAUGGAGGAUAUCUGAAGCUUCCCCAACCUGUACGCCUGAGGUUCUCUUCUUCAGCUCCAAGAAGGGAUAGUGUAGUCCCCACAACUGAACUUGUAAGUUAUAUGGAAAAGCUACUUCCGGGUACCCAUCUAAAGCCUAUUAGAGACAUUUUGAGAAUGCCUGCUAUGAUUUUGGAUGAGAAAGAGAGGGUGAUUUCGAGGUUUAUCUCUAGCAAUGGACUGGUUGAAGAUCCAUGUGACGUUGAGAAGGAAAGAACAAUGAUUAAUCCUUGGACCUCAGAGGAGAAAGAGAUAUUUCUCAAAAUGCUAGCAUCGCAUGGGAAGGAUUUCAAGAAGAUUGCUUCAUAUCUUAGCCAAAAGACAACUGCGGACUGUGUUGAUUACUACUACAAAAAUCACAAGUCUGAUUGUUUUGGGAAAAUAAAGAAGCAGCGUGCUUAUGGUAAGGAAGGGAAGCAUACCUACAUGUUGGCGCCACGGAAAAAGUGGAAACGUGAAAUGGGGUCUGCCUCUCUUGAAAUUUUAGGGGCUGUCUCCGUUGUAGCAGCAAACGCGGGAAAGGUUGCACCAACAAGGCCGAUCACUUCCAAAAGGAUCACCCUUAGAGGUUGCAGCAGUUCUAAUUCAUUGCAGCACGAUGGAAAUAACUCUGAAGGUUGCUCCUACAGUUUUGAUUUCCCUCGUAAGAGAACUGUUGGUGCAGAUGUUUUAGCUGUUGGUCCUUUGUCAUCAGAGCAAAUAAAUUCUUGUUUAAGGACUUCCGUGAGCUCGAGAGAGAGGUGUAUGGAUCAUCUGAAGUUUAACCCUGUUGUGAAGAAACCUCGGAUAUCUCAUACUCUACAUAAUGAGAACAGCAAUGAAGAAGAUGACUCAUGUUCGGAAGAGAGCUGUGGGGAAACGGGUCCUAUUCAUUGGACAGAUGAUGAGAGGUCUGCCUUUAUACAGGGGUUUUCGUUAUUUGGCAAGAAUUUUGCUUCAAUAUCGAGGUAUGUCGGAUCAAGGUCUCCGGAUCAGUGUAGGGUUUUUUUUAGCAAAGUUCGGAAAUGUCUUGGGUUGGAAUUUAUACAGUCUGGAUCUGGAAAUGUAAGCACAUCUGUAAGUGUUGAUAAUGGCAAUGAGGGUGGUGGAAGCGAUUUGGAAGAUCCUUGUCCUAUAGAGAGUAACUCUGGCAUAUGCACAAAGAUGGAUAUGAAUUCUCCUACAUCACCUUUUAAUAUGAAUCAGGAUGGUGCUAAUCAUUCAGGCUCUGCAAAUGUGAAAGCCGACCUUAGUAGAUCAGAGCAAGAGAAUGGGUUGACAUAUAUGCAAGACGGUAGUAAUCCCGUGAACAAUGCAUAUAUCAAUGGUGGUUUACCGGGUCUAAUUUCAGAAUCUUGCAGAGAUUUGGUAGACAUUAAUACUGUUGAGAGCCAGUCUCAGGCUGCCGGGAAAAGCAAGAGCAAUGACCUACUGUCAAUGGAAAUUGAUGAAGGAGUGUUAACAUCUGUUGCUGUAUAUUCUGAGCCAUUGUAUUGUGGCCUAAGUGUUCUUUCCAAUGUUAUUGUGGAAACCCCUGCAGAAAGCUCAGGAGAUCAAGGUUCUGCAAUCCCUAAACUUAGUUCAAAGAAUCAGGAUGGAGUGAUGCAAGCUGCAAACAGAACCAGAAAUUCUGGCCUUGAACCUGAAAGUGCACCUUCAGGUUUCAAGUACCCUGAGUGUCUGCACCAUGUUCCGAUUGAGGUGUGUACAGAAAACCCUAUAGGUGUCAGUGUACCACGAGGAAAUCCAAAUUGCCAUACAGAGGGAAAAUCUGGGCAUUCUCUUGUUGGACAAGCUGUCGAAACACAUGACUUGGGGUGGCAGUCUUCCAAGGACAAUCUGGAAUUCGAUCGGCAACUUCAGGUGAUAGGACAUGUAAAUCCUGAGCAGAAUGGUCAUCUAAAUGCAAACUAUGCGGAAUCUUGUCAAAUUCCCCAGAGAUCAGUCAUCCAAGAUCCGAGCAGGAUAAGUAGGUCAAAAUCUGAUUUGAUUGUGAAAGCCCAACGUACAUGUGAAGGUUUCUCACUCAUCAAGUGUACUAGUUCAGCUCCUAAUCCUCUGGCAGUAUCCCAUAAAGAGGGCAGAUCUGGUCAUAGCAGGAGCCAUUCGUUUAGUUUGUCUGAUACUGAGAGACUCGAUAAGAAUGGUGAUGUGAAGCUGUUUGGUACAGUACUUACUGCUGAUGAGAAUGGAAUAAAACAAAAACACAAUCCUUGUGGAAGUGUCAGGUCAUCAUCAACCUUGAGCAGAGACCAUGAUACAAGACACCAUUGCAUUAAUCAGCAACACCUUCAGAAUGUUCCUAUUACGAGCUACGGUUUUUGGGAUGGCAACAGAAUUCAAACCGGGCUCACAUCUUUGCCAGAGUCAGCCAAGUUGCUUGCAAGUUGCCCUGAAGCAUUUUCCUCGCAUCUUAAGCAGCAAGUUGGUAAAGAGAUUCGGCUGGAUGUUAAUGGUGGUGGAAUUUUGAGCUUUGGGAAGCUUAACGAAGAUAGAGCAGAGGCCUCAAGUGCAAAGGAUGGAGGUAACAUAGGAGGGGUAAAUGGUGUAGCAGAGGCAGCCACGUGAUUUAAAAGCUUCUUAGGGUCAUGAUUAGUUUGUUUUGGAGGAUUGGCAUAUUCUUUGUUUGUCCAUCCUAUCUGUAUUAUAUCUCUUUUAACAUCUUUUUUUUUUAAAUUUAGAAUGUCAGUUAAUAUAGGCAUUUUUGUUUUUCUUUUCGUUAAGCUUAAGUUAGGUGCCUGCAGAAAAAUUCACAGCUGAUGUUUGUAUUUGUAAUAUUGCUGAUAAUAACAGAGUGAGCUAAGAGCUAAGCUUAGCUCUCUGUAUGUUUGAAGCUCUCUGUAUGUUUUUCAAGAAGGAUAACACUUGAUGAA